AUGAAGUUUAACGUGAUCACAGGUGUUUUGUCGGCGGCUAUUCUCGUGUCGUCCAAACAACCAUUCCCGGACUGGUUGAAGGAUUUCACUGGUUUGGACGAGUGGCCAGGGUUAGAUCCCCCUUACAUCCCUCUUGACUUCAUCAACUUUGACAAAGUUCCUGACGUCCCGUUGCACGACCAAGGCGAUUGCUUGGGUGUGAGGGAUCAUUGCCUGUUCGAUUGUUACCACUGUGUGACGUCUGAUGACGUUUACACAUGCCCUGUUCUCUCGCAAACGUUUGAUGAUGGGCCUACCCCUCACACGAUUCCCUUAUUAGAUGCCUUACGUUCACCGACUACGUUUUUCACGUUGGGUAUCAACGUUAUCCAAUGGCCCGAAAUCUACCAACGAGCUGUUCGAGAAGGUCACUUGAUGGCCUCGCACACCUGGUCGCAUGGCUUUCUUCCUUCUUUGACUAAUGAGCAAAUCGUUGCUCAAAUCGAGUGGUCGGUUUGGGCAAUGAAUGCCACUGGAAACCAUUUACCGAAAUGGUUCCGUCCACCCUUUGGCGGCAUGGACAACAGAGUUCGUGCAAUCUUGCACCAAUUCGGUAUGCAACUGGUUCUUUGGGACUUUGAUUCUUUUGACUGGAAGUUGCUUCUGAAUGAAGCAAAGGCCCACGAACAAGCAGUGUAUCGUGACCUACGCCGGUUCAAAAACGAAAGAAAGAACCAGGGUUUGAUUUUAGAGCACGACCAUCUGAAACAAACCGUGGAUGUGGCAAUUGGAAUCAGUCGCAGUAUCUUAGAUUCCAGACAGUUCAAAGUAAAUCAGUGCGUCGCUAAUCCCGUGAGUUAUAUCCGUGAAUACUAA